GCCGUGGGCGGGGACGCCGCCGCUUCCUGCGCGGGGCUCCGGGGCGGGCGGGCUCGCCAUGGGGCAGUGCCUGCCCUGCAUGGGGGGUGCCGUCAAGGACGUGGUGGAGACGCCCGACCCGGAAAUAAAAAGAAGACAACUAGCAGAAGCCGCUGAAAAGAGGCAGAUGGAGGCUUCCUCUCGAGGUAUUAAGAACGCUUACUCUGUAGAGCAGAAGAAAAAGAAACAGGAAGAAAUAGAAAGAAGAGUUGCAGCUUCACGUCCUGGAGGAGAAGGAGGGCUGAGAUGGCAGGUUGGAUAACGCACCACUUCUGAAGAGAAGAUGAUUGAUGUUUACUGCCAAUAACUUGUCAGUUUCUGCAGCCAAGUGGCACUUACUCAUCAUGUGGCUUUUGCUGUUUACAUCUGAAAACUCAGCAGUACUUUGCCAUUGUGGGAUGAUGGAUGUGAAAACAUUCACAAAGAAACUCAAGAACUAAUUCUGAACACUACGGUUUUGCCAGUUUCAUUUGUUUGUUUUCCGUGCAUGUUUUAUUGCGUCCCUGUCAAGACUCCUAUCAGCUGGAAGUGGGCUCCUAUGUGUAGUCAGUCAAUAUGUGCACAGUGUCUGCUCACUUGAUGCCUGUCUGUCUGUCUGUGACUGGCCUGAGCAAGCUCAGGUGCCCACUUGUUGGUUUUGAUGCUUAUUUCAAGCUCUGCAAUUAAACUUUUCUCCAAUUCCUCAUGCAGAAGGUUUUUCAUAUAUGUAUGUAUCUGAAUAUGCAGAUGACAGCAUUUCUUUUCUGUUUCCUAAUGACUCUUGGACUGCUUAGGAAUUUAGUGCCUUUUUCAAAAAAAGAAAAGUAGAGUCCUUACAAAUGGAAUAAUUUCGUGAGUAGUUCAAAGAAAAAAUAGAAAUCUUUAUAAAUCCUGUGUACUUAGACCAAGAAUGCCGUUUUGUUAUGUGUAAUAAUUGUUCUCAUUUUCUCAUGCGGAUUUCUUUUGGGUCUGUAAGUAUUUAUAAUGAAUACUAAAAGUUAAACAUGAAAUUAAAAAUCUUGUUAUUAGUUGUUUUCAUUUAUUACCACAAGAGGGCAAUGCUGCCCUCCUCAGCAGCAUUGAAAACAGGAAAACUAUUACUAUGCCAUCUCUUUGCCAGUUCAUUUCCAAAAGUUUCUGUGUUAUUUAGGUGUACUGCUUAGAGUGCAAAAUCAUUUUCUUUUCCCCAGAGAGCAUUGUGUGCAUUAUUGCCUGAUUUCUGACCUAGCCAAAACUACAGAGCCUUUUUUCCCCACCCCUUGAACUAUGUAUUUUGUCUUUCACGUCCCAGCACUGUCCAGUGUUGUCCUGGGAGUGCAGUCUUGACACAGUUUCCUGGCUUAGCCUUCAGAAUUGAGUUGAGAGGGGAGAACUUUGAUAUUACCUUGAUGGUGUGUGGGCUGAAAAAAAGCUGUGUCCUUGGCUGAAGACUGCAUUCAGUUUCCUCUGAUUCCUGGCAAUUGCUCUCUUCAGUGUAUUAACUGGUCAUAAUAAAAUUUUUUUAAAGUCUAGUGAAAA